AUGUCACAACACAAUGCCUUAUUUACACCUGAACAAAUAAAAAAAGGGAUUUCUGUUUCUUCAGGAAUGAUAAAAAAUUCUGUUAUUAUUGACAUUAUUUAUAAAUACUUAAUAAACAAAGUUGAAAUAGUAAACAAUGAAUUUGAUGCUGACUUUACUCAUUUAUCAGUUGAGACACUAAGAAUUAAAGGACAUAUUUUCCCAAUGGCACUUUCUCCUUUUACAAAAAGAAUUGAAUAUAAAAUGGAAGAUACACCGGAAGAACAAAUAGAAACAAAAGGAAUCUUUGAAUACAAUUGUCAAUUCUAUAACAAUACGACAUUCAAUAGUGCAGUAGAAUUCAAAAGAAAAGCUAUAUUUUAUAAUGACGUUAUUUUCAAAAAAGGUGUUAAGUUUAAUGAAAAGGUUAUAUUUAAUGGAUCAGCAAUCUUCUACGGUGAUGCUCAAUUUCUUUCAUUAUCAAUACUUAGUGGAGAAACAAAAUUCAAGUCAAAUGUAAUAUUUGAAAAUAAAGUUAAAGGGAAUGAAGUGAUUUUUGAUAAACAAUGUGAGUUCUGGGUAAAACCAGAAAUUAAACAUCCACAACACAUUCACUUAAUGCCAGAAGAAAUGUUUAUUGAAAAAAAUGAAUAUAAUCCUAUUACUAUUAGUCUUGAAGAAGAACGAAGUAAGGAGAAAAAGAGAAAUAAAGAGAAAAAAACCUGGUGGGGUGAAACCAUCAACAAAAAAAAAGAAAACAAACACCAACGAAAAGACUUUUAUUUUAUAAAUGAAGAAGAAAAUAAUGAGGAGGAGGGCAUAGAAAAUAUCAGUGAUGAAGUUAAACAAAAAAAGAAGUUAUUGGAACAAAAAAAAAUUGAUGAAAAAUUACUAUCCUUAAAAAGAAAUAAAGAAGUUAGUGAGAAUGAUUUAAGAAAUUACAUUCAUAUAACCCAACUUGAAUUAGAAAGUAAAGGUGAAAUUAAAGAAUUGUCUUUGCUUAUUCCUUCAAGUAUUACAUUGCUUGAAAUCAAAGGCAAAAUUCCAUUAAAUAGAAUAAGUGAAACAAUAAAUGAAAAUUUUAAUGUUCAUCCUAUUGAAUUAAGGUUAUCACAAUGCGUCAUUCCAUUAUCAUUACCUUUCAGUAUUAAAUCAUUGUCAUUAAAACAAUGUGAUGGUAAUGUUUCUUGUUUAAAAACACUACCAUUACAUUCUCUCUAUAUUCAAAAUUUUCAUAAAUUAGUAUCUCUUUCUGUUCCUUCAACACUAACAAGAUUAGAACUAAUUGGAAUUCCAACACUAACAACAGUUGACGGUGAUUGCCCUUCAAUAAAAACAUUAAAAAUACACAUGUGCAUAAAACUUAUGUCGAUUCAAUUCCCCUCUUCUAUUCAAUCUGUAGAUUUAGCCACCUGCCCACAAAUUAUACAAAAGUAUAAAUCAUUAAGUUUAACACCUACUUUCUUAAAAAUAAAUAAUAAAGUCCUUACUCAAUAA